GGCAGGGGUCUUGUCCUCUCAAUGGCCACCACAGCACGGCAGCUUCCCACUCCGCGGGCGACAGACGGUGCAUGAAACAACAUCCAUCCGACUUGAUCUGCGGCUUCACCAAAGGGGCUUUGUCCUCGCUCUUUCUACCCACAUACAUUCGUCUCUCUAUGCACAAUAAUUGCUACUAGAUACGUGCCCUUCAGCACGUAACACCAACUCAACCGCCCGCCAUGUCGGAAGAUCGGGAGCGCAGCAAGAUCUCGCUCCGAAGUGGAAAGAGAAAGGGCCGUCCACAGAUCAGCGCACCUCGCCAGAUCUCAGAGCCCAUUCUACAAGAUGGAUCUGGCCCAGUACGGCCUCCCGGCUCAAGACCGAUGGCAGAUGCAGGUCCUCCGCCGGUCCAGCCUCGGCUUCGCCCGCCGCCACAAGCUGGAGGUGGAAAGACCUCGGACUUGGUUAAGCGACGAUACUCGACGCGGUUUAACACCCUGCCGAACGACUUCGACGUGAAUAACCCGCCGGUACCGUCUAUGCCAUCCCUCGACAAGUACGAGUCCCGCCAGCGAAGAGCAGCACAGCCCCCUCCCAGCCGUGGCGGCACAGCACCAGCGCCGAUUGUCGAUAUAAAGGCAUUGCGAGACCCCGGGUUGGUACCAGACCAAUAUGUUGCGACAUUGCUCAGCGAAGCGGACGAAGACCAGAUCCGAGAAUUUGAGGAUAACCUACGCAAUCUCAAGGGCCGGGCCAAUGCAGACUUGCAGCAGAAUGUCAUGCAGAACCGUACCCAGUUCAUCAAGAUUAGCAAAGAGGCCGAGAAGCUCAAGGGCGAGAUGCGAGCGUUGAAGAACCUGAUGACGGACCUCAAGGUGAAUACAACAGCGCUUCGCCAGGCCUCAAACAACGGAAACAAUGAGUCUUCAAGCCUUGGGGGCGAACUCUCGACAGGCCUGAGCAAGAGGGACAAGCGAAGCUCGGUCGCAGACCGAAGCGCCCUUUGGAACUCGCAGAUGCAGGCACUAUACAAGAAUGUCGAGGGUUCCCAAAAGUUCCUGCCCAAUUCUGCCCGGCGCCACGUCAUCCAGAAUGCAGGAGCUUGGAUUGAGCUGGACAACGCCACAUACGAGUCUCGACGAGCGAUGCAGAUAUUCCUACUCAGCGACCAUUUGCUUAUUGCAUCUCGCAAGAAGAGAAAAGCCGAUGUCCCGCCUCGCGAAGCUCAAGGCCCCUUGGUGAAGCUGGUCGCAGAUCGUUGCUGGCCGCUGCUUGAUAUUGAGGUUGUUGACAUGGCCGGGCCCGGCGAUGGCUCAACGACGAGAAACAAAUUGGCAGAUGCUGUCAUGGUCAGAGGCGUCGGCCAGGAAUCUGUCAUCUAUCGAACCGAAAAGCCAGAGGACACGGAGAAGAACAGUCUGCUUCUCAACAUCCGCAAAGCAGUGGAAGAGUUGCGCAAAGAGCGACAGUCAGAACUGGAGGCCAACAACAAGGCCAAGGAGACGAUCAACUACUUUGCGUCCCGUGACCCCGGCCUGCUGCAGAAGACUGAGCUUCUGGAAACAUUGUCUGACAUCAAGGACAUGCUCAUCGACGUUGAUGGAAAGCAGCAAAAUCUACGAUGGGUCGAAAGCCAGAUGGACGAGCUCGAUAUUGACAUUGCCUUACAGAGCUUCGAGCCAGCAGUUGACCGCGUCGAGAAGCUGAAGAAUCUCGCUCGAGGCCUGAAGAACAAUGCGGUGGCGCAGGACUUCAUCAGCUUCAAGGUCGAAGAAAGAUGUGCCAAGUUGGCGGGCAUGAUCAUUCGCGAGCUCGAGACGACACACACGGCGCCUACCAAGAACAAGCGUAACAUUAGUUGGUUGGCCAGGCUUGGCUACGAAGACAGGGCUCGCGAGGCAUAUCUGGUCGCCAGACAUGAUAUUAUCACAAAGCGAUCGAGACAAUGCAUCUUCCAGGGUGAUUUGCACCUGUACAUCUGGGAGCUCUCGUUUGUUUACUUCUCUCUGAUCCGCAACACCGUGAGCUGCUUUCACUCAUGUUUCCCUCCGCCGAUGAUGAGCGCCUGCGUCAAAUGGGCCAAGGAAGAGGUGGAGACUUUCAACGGCAUCCUCGCGCGACAGCUCAGUGGAACAGAGCGCGGCGGAAAGGUCUGGAACGAAUGCAUGGAGCGUGCCCACGAGCACGCAAAGAUGUUGAACGAGGUGCAGCUCGAUUUCCGCACACUGGUCGGACGUGAUUUGGAGCACUCGUCGGGUAUCACUAGCCCCGUUGGUCUCGGGCUAUCGUAGUUGUCAAAGACUGAGUAUACCGAGACCCUGCGACGUCUACAAUAGGCAUGCGCGAGACGGUGUUGACGGGCCUUGAGUAAUGGCAAUGGUAAUGGUAAUGGGCAAUGAAUGGAAGGGCUGAAGAUUGCGGGUUGUGUUUAGUCCGCGGUCAAGCAAAUGAUACCGAGACAUUGAGGACGAAAUGACGGAAGUGCCGCGGCCACUGGCAUGUGCACAGGUAUUUUGGGCCACUUGAGGCUUGUUUGGCCCCUGGCCUGUUUACUUGCGACGACGUUUGUUACCUAAAUAGGGAAAUAAGUAGCCAUAGGAC